GUCCCUUCCUGCGUGAUGCCGUCCGGCGGAAAGAGGGAGAGGUCGAGUUGAAACAACCAAAGCAAUACUGUAACUCAGAUAACAAAUAGGGGGCACACACUUUAAAGUGUUCCCACCCCCGGUCGGCUGGUCCGAACUUUUGUGUGAUUUUUAUUUUUUUUGUGGUCUUGCUUUUCUGCUCUCUGCCAUCGACUACAUACUAUACUGCAUUAGCCCUUUCGAAAAACUUAUCUUAUGCUUGCUACCUGCCACGGCUGGAUGCCCUGCGUGUCUGUCUGACUAUUCUUACAUCCAACUUUUAUGUAGGAAUACGUUCUAUACAUCAUACCUCUCACGCAGCGCAGCUUCACGUGGUCCCCAUCGAUUCCCUGAUCAUAUUGUGAUUCGCAUAUCUCACACACACACACACACACACACACACACACACACACACACAUCCAACUAAACUAACAACAUUGCCGAUGACGGAGCACGACCCUCCCCCCCCAAGUGGCGAAAUCGUCGGCGUGAUCAUCGGAGCCGUGGCUUUGUUCAUCGUCAUUAGCUUUUUGCCCAUAGCUAUAACAUGGCACCGUCGCCGACGUCGCGCCGCCACCGCCGCCGCGGCCGGCGGCACAUCCACCACCGCGACCACCGCCGACCCCCUCCGGCGGGACAGCGCCCUCCAAGCGCUGACUGGCAGUCCCUCGAUGCAACAGCUCCCGAUCAGCGUGGAGCGCUGGCUCGAAGAACAAACCCAUUCGGGCACCAACGAGACCUGGCAUUAUGCCCAGGAAUCCUGUGCCAUCUGUCUCGAGCAUCUGAAAGUAGACGAAAACGAGAAGUUUCCUACCACCACCACCAACAACCUCCCGCCAACACAACCGAAACCCGCAUGGAUUCCCCAGCGAGGCUACCACAGCGGCAGCGGAGUGCUGGCACCGACCAACGCAGUCGACUCCGAUCUCGAACGGGGAUUAGGAUUGGAAUCCGGAUUGGGCGAUUGGCGCCGCGGGUCGGUGCCGCUAUCGCUUUCCUCGUCUUCUUGCUCCACGGAGCUAGACGCAGAGCAGCAGCAGCAGCAGCAGCAGCAGCAGCAUGCACCGACCGAAAAACAGCCACCGCAACCGCAUCCACAACAGGAUGAGGUGGUGGUGCUGAAUCGCUGUAACCACGUCUUCCAUGCCGCGUGCUUGGUUCUGUGGGUCGAGCAGCAUCGGUAUCGGUGUCCGAUCUGUCAGGCGUCGUUGAAGCAUAGUUCCAGUUGAAUCAUGAUGACUGGCUUUGCUGUGCGUGUGGUGGUAUGAUGCGCUUGCUUGCCGAUUAUCCGUCUUUCUUUUUUUUCUGUGCUAUUUUGGUGCCGCCGAGUCUGUCGCCAAGAAUGCGUGCAGGUGUUCUAGUUGUCGGUUGGUAUCACGGUUAGGGUGGGUAAGGGUGGUCUCCUGGCGUCUUGGGUUGUGGUUGGCUGGCGCGUUGUCUGGAACAUGGUGGUUUUGGUCUUGGUCUUGGUCUUGGGGGUUG